AUGAACGAGGAGCGCAAGCACUUCCCAGUCCUUCGAAGCGAGCCCGUCGACAACUCUGGGAAUCGGGGGCAAGAAGACUGCCACCAGCAAGCAGGACUCGUGGGCACUCGUGCUGAUAUGGUGUGGUAUCCAAGCACGAUCCUCCGCGCCAUCUUAAAGGGCCCCGUUCCGUCUCAGGUCUGGACAUACCGAUACUCCAACGGUGCUCAAAUCAGCAUGGUCGAUCUCCGCAGUUACAAAAUCAUGGAAAUCUUCAAGAGGUCACAGAAAGUAAGCUUCAAAAGCGCCAUAGUCCAGAGAAGGCCACAAAUUGGGUCAGCAUCAACAAGAGAACCUGAGGCCACCUGGGUAGAGGAGAACGCGCUGUGUUUGCAGGUAGCACACUUGAUCUAUCCAGCGAAAGGCGGAACUGUCAUUCACCUGUCCAUCUACUUCUUAAUGAACACAUACGCUACCUCGGGUAUACGGGAGGACAACAGCGAGAUUUAA